UCAUUUAGAGAUUUUUGAGACAACAGAUCUCAAAAAUCAUUCAGAGAUUUUUGCUAGUUUGAAAAACCCUAAACCUAAAUUUCUCUUCUCUUCCGAUAAUGGUUAAAACAAGAAAAAUCACAAGAACAAUCCAAGAAGAAGAAACAAUAAUGGAUGAUAGCACUGCUCCUAGAACAUCAGAAGACGAUUCAAGAAUUUCAAGACGAAAAUCAAAGAGAAAAAAGAGUAAAAAGGUUGAAACACCGAAAUCGAAGAAAAAAGGUAAGGUUGUGCCAAAAUCUGUUAGGAAGUUGUAUAGGUCUGGUUUCACAGCAUUACAUAGCCUGGUUGCCAGAAUGAAGGCGAGUAAAUAUACUUUGAGUGAAGCCACAUUGGAAAAGAUAGCCGAAUCUUCUUAUGGACAGAUGUUUUUGAUGUUCUGGCACACUAAGUACUCAGAAAGUCAUUGGGAAAAGUUGGAAGCUGCAGUGAAAAAGUACUUGAAGUGUUACAAAAGGGGUCGAGUCAAGAAUGAGCUCACAUUUGAGUUUGUUAGAAGAGGUGAAACACACAUUAUCACGUCGACACCAGAAAAAAUGGGUGUAAUGUUUGGAAUGCUAAGAAUGGCAGGAAGAAGAACUGAUGACACCUUUUUGAUGGUAGGUGGUGGAUGGAGGCAGAAACCAUUCUACAUUAGACACUUUGGUGAUAGCAACACGGUUACAAGACCAAUGCUACAAGAUGCCAUCUUGAAACUGCUCAAGCGUACUGGUAUCAAGAAUUGUAAAUCUGAAGGUGGCGAAGACAGUGAUGAUGACAAUGAUGAACAAGUAACCGAUAAAACUGAACAAACAAUUGAAGAUAUGGUUAAGCUAUUAUGCCUGUUUAUGUGUAUUACUUUGUUUUUUACAACAAAAGAUGCUCAUAAACUCAAAGAAAAGUACUUUGGUUUAGUUGAUGAUCUUGAGAAGUCAAAGAAUGUAUCUUGGCCUGACCUGAUACAUAGUUUCUUAGAGAAGAAAAUCAAUCAGAACUACAACACUCCCGAGGACAUCACUGGUUGUGUCGUCUAUUUGUUGUUGUUGUAUGCGGAGCAUACUCACUUGGUGAAACCAGUGACGUUACCAGAUGAUCGAUACCUUCCAAGAGCGGCAAGGUGGAACAUCAAAGAAAUAUCUGUUGAGUUUCUAAAGGAUAUGGAGGCUUCGCAAUACACAUUCUCUAAAGAAUUUAAGGAUGAAUAUACUAUGUAUGAAAAAGAAAUGUUGAAUGAAAUUGCUCAAAGGCUUCCAGUUGAAGAAGUGCCAUUGACAGUAGAUUGGCAAGAAAAAUUCGAGGAUUUGGAAGUAAAGAAUGAAGAUUUGAGGCUGACAAUUGCAGAAAAAUGGUGUGAAUUACAGAGCAGGAAAGAGGACGGACUCCCCAUUGAUGUGAGUAUCCUAGAAGAGCUUUUGAAUGAUAUAUAUCACAGAGCUUACCCACCUCCACAACCAAACUCGGGAGAAGAAGAAUCUAGCAGUAGCUCUGAAGAAGGGCAUGAUGAUUUGGAUGACACCGUUCCAUCAGCAACUACUCCUUUGGUAACAGAGGAUGAACAGGAAAUUCCAGAUGAUACCCAAGAAAAGUUGAAUGAACAGGGAAAUGCUACUCCAACAAUGCUUGUUAUGGGGGGCUCUGAAGAAAAUCUCACACAGUUCGAUAUUGAAGUUUCACAGUUUAAAAUUUGGGCUAGAUCUGAUUUGGAGCGAAAGACUGAAAAGGCUGAACUCCAACAAACAGCAGCGACACAAGUUCUGGGUAAUAUUGAAGUGGAAAUUGGUUCUCUUAGAGAUAGACAAGGUGCAUCGCUUGAAGAAAUGUUGCCGAAUAUGCAGUUUAUGCCUUUGGUUUGUGAGCUGCCGAGUCUCAAAGAACUGCGUACCGUGCCGAUGGAGAAACUGAUUGACCUGGCCAUCCAUGGGAAGGGUAUUUAUACCGAUGAGUACUCAAAAUAUCUACAAGCUGAAAUUAUGGGAGAUCCUUAUCCAUCCUUAGGAAUUCUUAGUCUGGAGUACCCGUCGACUGGUAGUUUACCAAGCUUGGAAAAAAUGGAAUCUUCUCAAAUCUUCGACAAAUUUUAUGCUAAAGAUCUGGAUCCUCCAUCACAAGUUUCAAGACCAACUUUUGACUUGGGUUUAGGACCAAGUGAUCAAAAUGGAGAAGAGGUGCAGCAGCCUGCAAUUGAUCUAGGUGCACCUGAUCCACCUCAAAUCCAUCUUGCAGCUGCGCCUUCGCAUAAUGAAGCUCCAGCUGCUAGAGGAGCAUCAGAUCAAUCUCAAACGGAUCCCUCGGAUGAGCAAGCUCAAAUCGAUACUGCACCUACACUUUAUGAAGCCUCUGCAAUUGUUUUACCUGCAGCUGAAAAAGCUCGUUUGAAAGCUGAUCUUCAGCAACCUGAACAAGAAGGAAUAAGGAAACCUUGGGAUCCCAUUCCAUUCAUUGAAGUAGAAAGGAAGAAGAAAAUGAAGAAUGACAGAAAGCAACAGCCUACUAAAAAAUUAGAGAGUCUUAAGUAUCCAGUUUUAGAUGCUGAAAAGGCAGAGGAAGCUCGGCUAAAGAAGAAUAUGAGCGCCGAAAAAGCUAAAGCAUAUGCUGAGACUCUCCAACUUCUUUCUGAGCUACAGAAGGAUAACGAACCUGGAGUUAGUCAAACAUCAGAGGAAGAUGACGUAACACUUGCCAAGAGACUCGAAGAUAGGCUGGCUACAAAGAGUAAUGAAGUCAAACCAAUAGCGAAGUCGACCACGUCAGUCAUGGACAAGGAGAAGAAAAAGCCGACUAUCUCAGCCAAGGAGAAGAAACUUACUCCAAAAAUCACAUACACCCCUCAGAAGCCAUUAACUCGGAGCCACCCGCAGAAAAGAGUUGAUCCUGAGUUUGCUAGUGGCAAAGGACUGUCGGGACAUAAAAGGCGAAAAACAAAGUCCAGAACUGAAAACCCAGUUGGAAAAGAUUGCCCAACAGAGAAAGUUCAGAAAAAGGAUAGCGAGAAUGUGAGAAAGAGAAAAGCUAAAGGUGAUCCAAAUCUGCAAGAACUUACUAAAAAAGUGAAGAAUGCACGCAAGUUGUUGAGCCUAAGGAAAUAUCCGUUCUAUAAGGAUUUGAGUUCACAACAAAGAGCGCUUCUCUCUCCUUUUUUUGACAAAGCUACCUCAAUCAACAGUGCUUGGAAAGCUCCUGCUGUGAUUGGUCAUCACAUAUUAUCUGCAGAGACCUUUGAAGAUCUGCUACAUAACAGGGCUUUAGAGGGAGAUCUUAUAAAUUACUGGCAAUACCAACUGAAAAAAGCAUAUCAUAAUGAGCAACCAGUGAAUGGACAGAGAAAGUACAUUCCAGUACUCCACAUUGAUCCAACAGGCUGGUUUUAUUUAAGUGACCCAGUACAUCAAGUAGCAGCAAACACUGCUGUAUUCUUACCCAUCAGGAAUAUGGAGGAAGGAACCAGGAAGAUUAUUAUUCCAAUGUCACACCAAAACGUGCAUUGGACGCUUCUUGUGUAUGAAUGCGAGAAAGGCGAAUUCUUCCACUACAACACUUGGGAAGCUGUAUCCAAAAAUGAGUGUCUCGAUAAUGCUAAUCUUAUGGCAGAAUACUGCUUGUUAGCAAUUAAUGAACGCUUGUCGAGCCUGCGCCUUCCACUUGUAAGCAGAGUAAAGAUGAUUAGUUACCCAACACCUCAACAGGGAGACUAUCCAGAUUGUGCAAUAUAUAUCAUGCACAUCAUGAAGAAAGUUGCAAAGGAGGAAGUAAUUGAUGGAGUGCGAAUGAGCUUGGGAGACCCAGAAGAACUAAAGGACAAAAUACAUAAGAAGAGGAUCUCUUUAGCAUGCAAAAUACUCUCAGCAACAUCUCCUCCUGAGGAGAGCUGGAAUAUUCAUGCUCCAAAAGGUUUUUAAGACAGUGCUUAUAUGAAUU